AUGGCCUUGCUAUCUAACCCAGAAAAAGGUGUAAAGACAAUUGCUGAUUUGCUCAAAGCUGGCGCUUCACAGGGAGACAAAUUUUUUGGUGUUGGGGGUCCAGAUAGCUUGUUCACUUGGGUGUAUCAUGCGGUUCCCAAUUUUAAUAAGGUGCACAGUGGGAAUCAAAAUCUCAUGACAGGGCUUGCCAAACGAGUCGGCAAAUUUUUCGCAACUCAUGUGAAUCUCAUUCAAG